UUGGGCCACGCAGGCGCUUUGCUGACUAGGGAAAAGGCCGCCUGCGAGAAGGCAGCGCGAGUGGCUGCUUGGUGUGAGCCUGGGUUCGGGCUUCAUCUGGCUGCGUCAGGCGACCUCGCUUCGUCUCCUUCUUUUCCCUCCGGCUGCCGGCGCCGUCAUGCUCUGCCGGCUGGUCUGCCGCGCCAGAAAUGGCACUAAACUGGUGGCACCUCUUGGGUGCCUGGCUUCCAGGCAAAAACACAUGCUUCCUGACUUGCCUUAUGAUUAUGGUGCACUGGUGCCCCACAUUAGUGCAGAAAUCAUGCAACUACACCACAGCAAACAUCAUGCUACGUACGUGAAUAAUUUGAAUGUCGCAGAAGAAAAAUACAAAGAGGCCUUGGCAAAAGGUGAUGUCACAGCUCAGGUAUCUCUUCAGCCAGCUCUGAAGUUCAAUGGUGGAGGUCACAUCAACCACUCUAUCUUCUGGACAAACCUUUCUCCAGAUGGUGGAGGGGAGCCGAAAGGGGAGUUAAUGGAAGCCAUUAAACGGGAUUUUGGCUCCUUUGCAACCUUUAAAGAGAAAUUGACUGCUGUAUCAGUUGGUGUUCAAGGCUCAGGAUGGGGAUGGCUCGGUUUUAAUAAAGAACAUGGUCGAUUGCAGGUAGCUGCCUGUUCCAAUCAAGACCCUCUUCAAGGAACCACUGGUCUUGUUCCGUUGCUAGGGAUUGACGUGUGGGAGCAUGCCUAUUAUCUGCAGUAUAAAAAUGUUAGACCAGACUAUCUUAAGGCUAUCUGGAAUGUGAUCCACUGGGACAACGUAUCGUCAAGAUAUGCUGCUUGCAAAUAAUAGGACAAGUGAUGCUGCUCAGAAAAAAUUUUUUGCAGUAAUGUGUGACCAUUGAAUUGCUAAUUGCUACAUUGAUGAAAAUCUUCUAGCACAUCAAACACAAAAAUUGUUCACAGUCAAGCUAAAUAUUUGCCUGGAAGUUGGUGAGAUUAGGUGUUAAUCUGCUAAUUUUCGGUUUAAAGAUAAAAUAUUUUUUAUGCAGUGUUCUGAAAUAAAGCAGUUCUUAAAUUUCAGUAAGGGAUUAUGGCUCAAGUUUUCCUCAGUUGUGUGUCAGCUAUGAUUAGGCAUUCAAGUCUUUUCCCUGUAGUACAAAGAAGAAAACUAGGUGUACCAACUUCAGAAGCAAACUGCAAGGAACAGUGGUAGUACCUGUAGUACUUGUGUAAACUAGGUUUCCUGAAAAACUGACUUUUCUGUCUGGAAGAGCAUGGCUAGCAGAAUUUAAACAGGUAAUAUAUUGUAGUCUUCUUAAUGGUAAGCUUUUGGCAAACACCUGCUUAUCAUAACUACAUUUAUACUGUAGGGUAGAGCUGCUUAAAGAUAAGGGGCUAUUUUUCAUGAAAUUGCUGCUGAAGUGAGGAAAUAUCCUUUACCAGUAGAUGUUAGGUCAUGAAGCUGAAGAGAUCCAUUGUACAAAAUUUAUAGGAUAUUUUUGGUUUGAAAUAAAGAAUAUUUAAUGUC